UACAGCGAGUGGUGGGCGUGGAAUCUGCUUUUUCUGGCUCAAGUCCCGGAUACAGAUAAUUUCCCGCUCCGCCCUCCUUUCUCAGUCUAUUGGCGCUGCUGGGUGCUUAGCUCCUUGUACUAGUGCGGGCUCACACCGGCCAGUCGGAAUUGCCGUGUUCUCGAUAUGGCUAGAGGGCAUCAGAAGAUUCAGUCUCAACAGAAAAAUCUAAAGAAGCAAGCAGAACAGAAAAAGAAACAUGGACAUGACCAAAAGGCUGCAGCUAAAGCUGCCCUAGUAUUUACCUGUUCUGUCUGUAGGACUCAAAUGCCAGAUCCCAAAACCUUCAAGCAGCACUUCGAAAGUAAACACCCAAAAAACCCACUUCCACCAGAACUUGUUGGGGUUGAGGCAUAGAUUUAAGAGGCAAGUUGUUCCAGGAGAGCUGUGUGUGGAUUUCUUCACUAUAUCGACUGUUAACCAGACAAUGGUUUAUCCAAAAAGGGGCUCCAGAAUCAUAUUUUUAUGCAGUUCCCUUUCAUGGGAUUGUUCAGACCUCUGCUAAUGUACAGUUAUUUACUAAUUUGUAAAUCUCAAGUCUGCAAUUAUCACAAAUUUUUACAGUUGUAAUUAUUGCUUUAAUGUCCAUAAUGUGUAUAAUUUGUUCAAUAAAAGUAGUACAUUGAUUUUAAAA